CAGCUAGAAGACCUGAUACAUUUAAACCAAAUUUAGACACUUUUUGACACUAAUUUAAAAAAUUUGUGUAUAUGCCCGAUGUUGCACAUGGAAACAGAAGUCCUGGAGUGCUAGGAACCACCGGGUCAGUCGGGCAUUUGUGUCUUUUGCCUGGGACAUCCACUGGAGGCGGGCGUGGUCCGAUACAAGGGUUAACCGGCGGACCCAGAGGUAGUACUUCAACUCCAGGACUGCCCACUUUAUGGCCAGGGCCUCCUUCUCCAGCGUCGCGUACCUGGUUUCUGCGGGGUGCCGACACAGAGACACUGCAAGCAGUUUCAUCAGUUGAACAUAAACUGUGUUCAGGGUUACAGCAUGACUAUUUCUUGCCUGACCACAAGCCAUUCGCUGGAGUCUCUAACAGUCAAACUACACAAGAAAACCCAAGAUAAAGACAUCCUGAUAUAUCCAGACUUCUCUCCAGCAUCAGAGCGCCAGAGAUGGUCUGUGAGGAAAGAUGCUGGAAAUGUUACACUUGAUCUGAAAGACAUCAGAUUAUCUGAUGAUGGCUUUUAUGACUGUCAGGUCUACAAGGAUCAGGACUGCCUUCAAGCCACUCGAUUUAACCUGAGGGUCAAAGAGUGUAAAACUUUGGACUCUGUCUAUUCAGCACCAGGCUCAUCAGUGUUGUUGCCAUGCUCUGAACAUUCUUUAAGAAACAGAACUGAACAAGUCACUUGGAAAGUCAUUAUCGGUCAUCAAUUAACAGAUAUAUCUCAGUAUCGGCCACCAAACAAGCCCUCAAGCAGCACAGAGAAACCCUCAAAGCCUCUGUUUGAGAAAGCAAAACAACAAAAGAACGGAUCCCUGCUUAUAAGAGAAGCAGUCCACACUGAUGAAUUGUGGUAUCAGUGCAGAGUGAAUGAAAAAACCUGCUAUGAAGUGAAGCUGCUUCUGAAAGAUGAUCCAACCCCAGAGGACAGUACGGUUGGUCAGACUGAAGACAACAACAAUUAUGAGAGCGAAACAGUGAUAACUAAUUCAACAGCAGUAGUGAUGACCACAGUAGUGUCUCUGUGUGUCCUCAUAUCACUGACCAUCUGUGUCAUUCUGUAUUUCAAAAAACGAAGAUGCAAAAUCGACAGCCAAAUAGAUGAUUUGAACUGUCAGUCUGCCGUGUGUUAUUCUGAAAUUUCAGGAGUGUUGGAUGCGCCUUUGUAUUCUUUAGUUCAACGUAACACAAACCAUGGACACAUCUGGUAUGAACAAACAGAAGCUCCUGCAUGUAAUCCAGACAACAUUUAUGACAAUAGAGUGCUGUGGAAUAAAUGA